GCUACGGCGGGAGCUGGAGUAGCAGCCAGUCGCCCGUGGAGUGCGCAGGCGCUUGGCGGUUACCGGUCUUGCCAUGGAGCGGAAAGUGCUUGCGCUCCAGGCCCGAAAGAAACGGACCAAGGCCAAGAAGGACAAAGCCCAAAGGAAACCGGAAACUCAGCACAGAGGCCCUGUCUGUCAUUCUGAGAAUGAUCUCCCAGAACAAGAGGAAGAAAUCCUAGGGUCAGAUGAUGAUGAACAAGAGGAUCCUAAUGAUUAUUGUAAAGGGGGUUAUCAUCUUGUGAAAAUUGGAGACCUGUUCAAUGGCAGAUACCAUGUGAUCCGAAAGCUGGGUUGGGGACAUUUUUCAACAGUAUGGCUAUCAUGGGACAUUCAGGGGAAGAAAUUUGUGGCAAUGAAAGUAGUGAAAAGUGCUGAACAUUACACUGAAACAGCCCUGGAUGAAAUCAGAUUGCUCAAAUCAGUUCGCAAUACAGAUCCCAAUGAUCCAAAUAGAGAAAUGGUUGUUCAACUUUUGGAUGAUUUCAAAAUUUCAGGAGUGAAUGGGACCCAUAUCUGUAUGGUAUUUGAAGUUUUGGGCCAUCACCUGCUCAAGUGGAUUAUCAAGUCAAAUUAUCAGGGACUUCCACUUCCGUGUGUCAAAAAAAUCAUCCAACAAGUUCUGCAGGGACUGGAUUAUCUACAUACCAAGUGCCGUAUUAUCCACACUGACAUCAAACCAGAAAACAUCCUUCUUUCGGUAAAUGAGCAAUAUAUCCGAAGGCUGGCUGCAGAAGCAACAGAAUGGCAGAGAUCUGGAGCCCCUCCACCUUCUGGCUCUGCAGUCAGUACUGCUCCCCAACCUAAACCAGCAGACAAAAUGUCCAAGAAUAAGAAGAAGAAAUUGAAGAAGAAGCAGAAACGCCAAGCUGAGUUACUGGAGAAACGAAUGCAAGAAAUAGAGGAAAUGGAAAAAGAGUCAAGCCCUGGAGAGAAACAGCCGGAAAAGCAGGAAGACACUGGGAGCCCUGUUGAGAGAGCUUUGACCGAGAACACUCCAAGCAAAGAAACCGAAGAAAAACUUGAAGAGGAAAGUGUCAUUGUCCAUGAGCAGACCCUGUUAAUGGAAGGCAAUACUGAGAAUAUUUCAUCAGAAAUCAAUUGCAAUGGAGUGAUUGAAAUAACAAAUUAUAUUGAAUGCAAUAAUGAAGAGUCAGUGAGGCUUAAGGAAGAUCAUCAUAAUGCCAACGACUGUGAUGCCCAACCUUUGAAAGAGGAAGAAGUUAGCUUCCCAGGCGCCCAAAAUGGCAAGAGCAGUAUAUCUCAAGAAAUAACAGACUCUUGUACAGCUUUAAGUUCUGGGGUAUCAGAAGCCAUGCUGUAUCAGCCAUCUUCAAGUGAAGAUCACUCAGUAGAGCAGUCAUUCAGUGAGCAGGAGAUCAGCCAUCUGCAAGAGAGCAUCCGGGCAGAGAUACCCUCUGAAGAUGAAAACGAAAAUAAUGGACCAUUGGAUAACAAAGGUACCCAAGGAAAAUCUUCUGCUGGGAAUUUUCUUCUUAAUCCCCUUGAGCCCAAAAAUGCAGAAAAACUCAAAGUGAAGAUUGCUGAUCUCGGGAAUGCCUGCUGGGUGCACAAGCAUUUCACUGAAGAUAUUCAGACAAGGCAGUAUCGAUCCCUGGAAGUACUAAUUGGAUCUGGUUAUAAUACUCCUGCUGACAUUUGGAGCACAGCAUGUAUGGCCUUUGAAUUAGCCACAGGAGACUAUCUGUUUGAACCUCAUUCAGGAGAAGAGUACACUCGAGAUGAAGAUCACAUUGCAUUGAUCAUAGAACUGCUGGGGAAGGUGCCUCGCAAGCUCAUUGUGGCGGGAAAAUAUUCCAAGGAGUUUUUCACCAAAAAAGGUGACCUGAAACACAUCACUAAACUGAAGCCUUGGGGCCUUUUUGAAGUUCUAGUGGAGAAGUAUGAGUGGUCUCAAGAAGAAGCAGCAGGCUUCACAGAUUUCUUAUUGCCAAUGUUGGAGCUGAUUCCUGAGAAAAGAGCUACGGCAGCAGAGUGUCUCAGGCACCCCUGGCUUAACUCCUAAAGUCACUGACCUAACAUCAUAAUCCUCUGGACUCUGGUUUGCAGCAGAGAUUAUACACUGACCCAGCUGUUCCAGAUUCUCCCCUUCCUUCCCUUUCUUUACCAUCCUUAAUCCUCUUCCUGUCCCUUUCAAACAUUCUCCUUUCCCUUUUCAGGGUGAAGCUCUUCCUUCAAGGCUUCCUAGAUUAUUGUUAUUUUUUAAUCCAAUAUGUUCAUUUGGGUUUGCUUACUUGACUCUGUGGGAAUUCCCCACAGCCAUUGGGCAUCCUGAGUGAGUUUUGCCUUGGUUGGGCUCUGCCAAAGACUAACGGACUGGAAUGUGAAACUGCCCAUCAUCUUCUCACUUCCAUUAGAACAUCCUCCUUUAAAUUAUAAGCUUCCUUUUUUUAAGAGCGCAACGAAGAUGUGUGAGCCCAUCCUUAACUCACUGACUCUAAGAGUCAAAUUUUCUAGUGCAUAUUCUAUUGCCAGCAGAAGGAUGAGAAAAAGGUGUAAUUUGAUGUGCAGCAAAGACACUGAAUGUGCUGUAUUAAGAGUGCAUCCUAUUCCUGGAUGGUUGGUGUUAUUCCUUACAGUCACAUUUUUUUUCCUGCAACUUUUUUGGCUUCUAUCUUUGAAAUGGGCUACAUCAAUCAAGACCGAGUUUUAGUACUGUUCAGUCUCCAUAUUUACUGGUGUAACUUUAACUCUCUUAUGCCGGGAUCUUCGGUAUGACUGUAAUAGAUACAGUGGAAAUGGAAAGCUGAAACUGGAACCUUUGACUAGAAAUCCUUUCCAAAGGCAGGUGUGCCCUUUGGUUCCAGACAGGCAGUGGUUUUUGUAAGCAGUGUUUCCUUACACAUCUUCUGCUUUCCUGAGAGCAGAGGGUUUUGGUUUGGGGGUGUUUUUUUAAGGGGGGAGGGUAGGGGUAUUGGUUUGAUUGCUUUUUAAAACCCUGGCUGGCACUUUACUCGUUCUGCUUGAGUUGAAACCCCCCACCCUAUCGCUAAAGAAUACAGGAUGACUAUGAAAGAGCUCUAGGUAUUAGGUCCUUUGUGUCUGAGAAGUGAAAAAUAUGUCACCCAGAGCUUCUGAUUCUUUUGCAAACAAUUCCUUAGAAGUACUUUCAAUCUUUCAUCAAUAUUAAUUUACCCGAGGUUCUGGCCUUGAAGUCCAUUUCCCCAUUUGGCUUUGCUUUUUUCUUUUUCUUAAGAGGUUUGGCAUUAUGCUUAGGCAUAAUCCAAAUACACAAGAACCAGGAGGGGGAAGGUGUGGCUUUAUUCUCCCCCACCCCACCCCCACCCCCCAAAAAAAGAUAGCCAUUCUCUGCUGCUAUUUUCUAGUAUCAGCAUACAGGUGGUUGCUCAUUAGAGUGUAGGUUGGGAUAUACUUAAGGCUUGGGGGAGGGGGGUUGGUUUUUUGGUUUUUUGGUUUUUUUUUUUUACAAGGAAAAGUUAAAACCUUUCGUAGAAUUUGCUAGUUUAAAGAUGGGUCUCCCAGAUUUGCCCCCUUAUAUUAUGAGUCAUAACCAAAAGCCAAAGUUCAGUAGGAUUGGGAUCACAGCAACUCUUCCUCAUUAUGGACCAAAGGGCCUUGGCAAUCAAUGCCCUCAUAGAGGAUGGAUCCUGCUUCGGAACUAUGGAAUUUAGAAAAAGCCAAACAAGUGUAACUUGAGAGAAAAUGUUUUUAGAACUGUUAAGACUGUUACAAGACUGUUGCUUGGUUUUCCUUGAGUUUGGAAUCUAAUGGCAAGGAAAUUGGUGAUGCCACUAUGUGAUCCAUGUAAUAUGUAAGCACUGUUCCCUACAUGUCCUUGUCUGGCUAGCCUAUUCAUCAGAUUCUUGAUUUGGUGAUACUAAUGAGAUCAGAUGGUGUUCUUUCUCUAGGGGAUUUCUGGGCCAGGCUACCCGUGUAUAUCUGUGAAGAAUAAAGAGAAUAAUAAAGCUCACUAAGCAUUUAUAAUGGCAGGGAAAUCCUUCAGUAACUUAAUUUUUCCCUGGAUUGCCAGGUUUAUCUAUAUUUUUAGUAAUGAUAAACUAGGACUCAAGUUAUAUUUCUUUAAAUGCCAUUAAGCCAUAAUAGUAGGGUUAAAGGCAUUUCUGGUGGUGGUGUUGAGGAAGGAAAACUGUAGUCAUUCCUUUUCAACAGAUAGUCUGAUAUAAAAGAAAUAAUUCUGAUGCAAAAGGAAUAACUUCUUAUUAUCAUGGUGGUAAGUCCUGUAACUUAAUCUCUGAAAUGUUUCCCUACCAAAUAAGGGCUUUUUCCACUGACUCACUUAGGGAACCAGAUGGACUAGAAGACAAGAGGCACCUGUAGAAUCCAGUCUUCCAGCUGCCCCUGGGCUUGCCCUCUUGAGCUUUCAUCCUACGUUGAAAUUGCCAUAAAAUGCUCACUAAAGGAUUUGUACUUGCUGUCAGUAAAAAGCAACAAUACAACAACCCUGAAGGAAAAUACGUUUUUAUUCUUUCUACUUGGGUGCACUGUCUGUUUUCUUUGUAAAUGCAAUACAAUAAACAAAUUAUUUAAUAACCUA